AUGGGUUUCAAGAAAUCUUGGAUGUUUUACCUUGCAGUCAUAUUCGUCAUAUUAAGUACCCUGGCUCAAGAAGCGGAAGCCCGAAGAAAAAUAUUAAGGGGUAGGCGUGUCAUGACCAGGACGUACUACCAUGGCAAUGCUGUGCCGGCGUGGGCUAUAAGCUUAAUGGCGGGGAUAGGAAUGUUACUUAUUGGUGGUGUAUUGUACAUUGUCAUGAGGAAAGUGGUACUUUCAUCAGAGACAGGUUCACUUAAUACAUAUCAACCAGCAUUGCAACAUGAAGAUGUU